GGGCGGGGGCCGGUACGAGAGCCGCUCCCGGGUGGGUGCCCAGACAGCGGCGGCGGCCGUGCACGGUGCCCGACCUCUGGCCUUGCGGCGCCCCGGCCCCGGCCCCCUCCGCGCCCGGCCAUGCCUCCUCCCGCGCCGCCCACCGUGCUGGUGCCGUCGGAGCGCGCCGUGGUGCUGCUGUCCUGCGCGCUCUCCGCGCUCGGCUCGGGCCUGCUGGUGGCCACGCACGCCCUGUGGCCGGACCUGCGCAGCCGGGCGCGGCUCCUGCUGUUUUUCCUGUCGCUGGCCGACCUGCUCUCGGCUGCCUCCUACUUCUACGGGGUUCUGCAGGACUUCGAGGGCUCCUCGUGGGACUGCGUGCUGCAGGGCGCGGUCUCCACCUUCGCCAGCACCAGCUCCUUCUUCUGGACAGUGGCCAUCGCCCUCUACCUGUACCUCAGCAUCGUCCGCUCCAUGUGCGGGCCCGAGGCCCGCCGCCUGCUCUGGGUUUUCCACAUCGUCAGCUGGGGGGUCCCGCUGGUCAUCACCGUAAUAGCCGUGGCUCUAAAGAAGAUCGGCUACGACGCCUCGGACGUGUCCGUGGGCUGGUGCUGGAUUGACCUGGAGGCAGAGGACCGCGUGCUGUGGAUGCUGCUGACUGGGAAGCUGUGGGAGCUGCUGGCCUACGUCACGCUGCCCGUGCUCUACCUGCUCAUCCGGAAGCACAUCGGCAGAGCGCACGCAGCGCUCUCCGAGUACCGGCCCAUCAUCUCCCAGGCGCAGCAGCUUCAGCGCCAAACAUCCGUGGCCGAUAAGAAACUGGUCCUGAUCCCGCUCAUCUUCAUUUUCCUCCGGGUCUGGAGCACCGUGCGCUUCAUCCUGACCCUCUACGGCUCCCCAGUGGUGCAGUCGCCGGUGCUGGUUGUUCUGCACGUAGGGUAUCGGGAACACGUUUCAGGGAGGUGCCAACUGCAUCACGUUCGCCCUCUGCACACGCGCCGUCCGCACCCGGCUCCUCUCUCUCUGCUGCUGCUGCCCUUCUCAGCCCCCUGCCCAGAGCCCUCCCAAGGCACUGGCACCCUCCCAGACAGGCCAGGCCCAGCGACCCACGCGGACCCCAGGCGAACUUCCGUGCACCUGAGCUUCUCCCUUCCUAGAUCUGUGCAUGGGUGCUAUGACCUGGGGCCCGGCGGUCUGAGCGCCGGCUGCAGGGAGCGGGCGUGGGUGUCGGUGCGCUGCCGGCCUUCCGCUAGCCAAGCUCUUGACCCCCGCUGGGGAGCAGCGCAGUCUCAGCUUCUUCUACCUCCUCGACCUCAGGCGCACGUGCCCCUCACACUGCAUCCUUCUGCACCCGGGGGUAGUCAUCUGCAUAGGGUUGGCACUGAGAUUCAGGGAAACUAGAGGUAUGUGAUCAUUAUCAGGGCACCUUGUGGUCCGGGGGUCCUCGGCCUCAUGACCACGCAGCACUGUUUACAAUUUGAGGGACCCACACCUGUGGGAAGAGCAUGAAGAGACUUGUACACUGUGCACCAUCCUAAAUAAAAUGUCGGGGGGACCAGAGAUGUGUCCCCAACCAGA